CGGGAGAAUUGAGCGAUGCUUACUUUUCGUGGUAUCUUUCAAUCAUAUACGUUACUUUGGGCUAAUAAACUACGAUACUUUCUGUCUUUUUAUAUAGACGGUGUCACUGGAAGGUACUCUAUUUCAACGUUCUGGUGUCAUAUCCGGUGGUGCAAGUGACUUAAAGGCACGUGCACGUCGAUGGGAUGAGAAGCAAAUUAGCACCCUUGUCGCUAAACGGGACGCCUUACAAGCGGAACUGAAGGAGCAGCUGAAGCGAAAACGCAAAGAAGCGGAGCUGCGUACAAUUCAGUCGCAGAUUAAGGGGCUCGAUACUCGCCUGAAGUAUACACUGAAGGACAAGGAUAGCACCGAGGAAAAAUUGUUAAGCACGAACGAAGAAGAAAUGACUCAAAUUGCCCGAGAGCUUGAGGAAGUCGAGGAACGCCUUGCCCGAUGUCAAACCAAGAUGCAGGAACUGCAAAUUUCAGUCAACGCGGAAAAAGCAAAGAUGGAUACCGUGGAGGAUACUGUUUUUCAUGACUUUUGCGUGCAAAUUGGGGUGGACAAUAUUAGGCAAUAUGAGGACCGAGAAUUACGCGUUGCUCGUGAACGCGAUCGGAAACGCCUGGAGUUCACGAAUCAGUUACAACGGAUAAACAACCAGCUUGAUUAUGAACGAUCACGGGAUACGGAAGGUGCUGUAAAACGUUGGGAGGAAACCGUUGCUGCAGAGAAAAUUGAGAUGGACAAAUGCAAGAAGCAAGAAAAGAAGGUCAAAGAAGAAAUGGAACAGGAAGAACGUCGAAAAACCGAGCUUGAGUCUCGGCUAGGUGAUCUGAAGCUUCGAGCUGAAGAAUUGGAUAUGGAAUUGUCCGAAGUCAAACGGCGCUUGGUCGCUAAACAGCGAGACAUACAGAAACAGCAAAAGGAGCUUAAUCAGUCUGAGGCUCGCCUUGAAUCAAGAAGGGCGGAGAGACAUUCGUUGUUACAGUCCGCUAAGAUGGAGGACCUAGAAAUUCCGCUCAAACCAGGAGCCAGCCCAAUCGCUGAAUUAGAAAGUCAGUUAUCUGCAGACCCGGAAAGCUUGGAUCCGAGUAGCGAAGAGAUGGCUCGAAUUUACGAACUCGAGGCCCGUCUUCCAAUAGACUUCAAGCGGUUGGAGAAACCGCUAAGACAACUGUCUGAUGAUAAGGAUAUCUCGCGCAAGGCUGAAGAAUUGCAAAAUCAAGUCGAUUCCAUGUUGAACAAUCUUUCUCGCAUCCAAGCUCCGAAUCUGCGAGCUGGUGACAAGCUCGGCAGUGUGGAAGAACGCCUGCGUUCCACUGAGGCAGAGUUCGAGGACACACGGCGAAGGGCAAAGCGCGCCAAAGCCAGAUUUGAACGUGUUAGGCGGUUGCGUUACAAUGCUUUCAUGAAUUGCUUCCUCUCCAUCACCGACAAUAUUGAUCCCAUUUACAAAAGUCUGUCGCGAAAUCCGGGUGCUCAGGCUAGUCUACUUCCUACGAAUGCAGAGGAACCCUAUUUGGAGGAAAUCCAGUUCCAAUGCGUUGCUCCCGGAAAACGAUUUCAACAAAUGGACAGUUUGUCUGGUGGAGAGAAAACAAUUGCAGCUCUUGCCCUUCUGUUCGCUAUGCAUCGGUACAAUCCUUCCCCGUUCUUUGUCCUGGACGAAAUUGACGCAGCCUUAGAUAACACGAACAUUGGCAAGGUUGCCAGUUUCAUCCGCGAGUAUGCAACUCAGCGUGCCCAGAUCAUUGUCAUCUCACUAAAGGAAGAGUUUUAUAGCAGAGCGGACAGUCUGAUUGGCAUCUACCCAGACAUUGAGAACAACUGCCUUGUUAGUCGAGUGCUCAGUUUUGACAUUUCCAAAUACAUCGAUACUGGCGAGCAGUAGGAAAAUCACACAACAAUGUUGUUUCGCACUGCACUUUCCCUAACUUCAUCAAUUAUCAUCAAUUAAGGUGCUGUAUUCAGCUCUGCCGUUAUAGAAUUUUGUACAUUGUUCUUGUUUCCAUACGGGUUCUUACUGUAUUAUUCAUUUGUAUCAAUAAAG